UCCUGUUCAUUGGUUGUUUUCGUAAGCAAAGUCCAUGUUCCGAGACAAGGAGCCAAUCAUCUGAACCGUCAGAUCGAAUGCACGUUUUCAUGCGUUCGGCCCCAGCAAUUACAGGUUUUCCAUUGGUGUUUGUAAUCAUGAGUUACCGCCCCCCAACUUGACAGACUUUCGUGUUUGAGCUCACGCGUCACACUUUCAUGUGAAGCUGUUGGGAAUCUGCUGGAUAUUAAUUUAGAUGUUACCCAGUCUUCAGACGUUCUUACAAAAACAGUGUGGCUGGUCCAUAACAUUGUUAGCAUCUCUGAUAAUGGAUGCCUCCUCAGCAAAAGCAACUCAUCCUUUCUGGCCCCGGGACUUGGUGAUCCCCUCCUAUGUGGAUAAUAAUCGGUCCAUGUCAGAGAUUCUGGUGUUCCUCUUCUCUGUCUCUGGGGCUUUUCUACUUGUAACCUGGCUGAUCGCUGGCAGGCUGGGAACAUGGAGGCGUCUGGCCGUCUGCUGGUUUGCCGUGUGUGGAUUCAUCCAUAGCGUUAUUGAGGGAUGGUUUUGUCUUUAUUACGACAUUUUACCAGGGGAUCAGAGCUUCCUAUCACAACUGUGGAAGGAGUACUCCAAAGGGGACAGUAGAUAUGUUAUAGCUGAUAACUUCACUGUUUGUAUGGAGACCGUGACCGCUGCCUUCUGGGGUCCGUUCAGUUUUUGGACCGUUUAUUCCUUUUUAGCUACCAAGUCCUACAGAUUUGUUUUGCAGCUGAUCAUUUCACUCGGUCAGCUAUACGGAGCAGUGCUGUACUUCUUCACAGAGCACAGAGAUGGUUAUGUUCACAGCGAGUUCGGACAUCCAAUCUACUUCUGGUUCUACUUUAUCUUCAUGAAUUUUCUGUGGAUCGUCAUUCCUCUGGUGCUCAUUGUGGAUGCGUGGAGACAGUUAUCAGCAGCCCAGUCGCUUUCAGACAGCUCAAAGACACAGAAGGUUAAAAGGAAGUAAUUUUUAAAGGGCCUUCAAAAUGGGACAUACAGAAAAUACAUUUUAAAAGUUUAACAAAUGCAAACUAUCUGUAGUUCUUUGGUUCAUGUAGCAAUAUUGAUCUGAUUGUCAAAAAAGUGCCAGCAGCUAUAUAUAUUAUCUGUUAAUCAGCAGAUAUUGAAGCUUAUGUUGAUUGAGUAUGAUCUGCUAUGA